GCCGCCGAGCAGCUGCUUGCGGGUGAGCAUUGCAAAAAUACCAGGAGAGAGCUCCGGGAUCGCUCGACGCGCCGGCACCGUAUCGCGAAAGCCAAAAAUUAAGUCGACCGGCGUCGGGGUUUCGAGUGAACGUUGUUAAUUUCGAAUAAAUAUAUCGGGUUGUUAGGUUUUCUUUUUUUUUUCCGCUUUUAAAGUUUCCAUUUUUUUUACCGUCGCCAGUUUGUCCGCCGGAUCGCCAACGUCCGGCACACCAGAACAGCAGCCGGGGCUCGCUCGUACACACGUCCCCUACCGUCAUCGUCAUCACCUCGGACAGCACAGCAGCGGCCAGCCGUGCAUGCCGCCAUCCCGGCUUCAGGUGUCGCCGCGGCGGCCGCCCGUGUAACCGACGGCAUGUACGACCACCAAGCCGACGCCGCCACGCCCGAACACCCGCGAUGACCAGCCGUACCCCACACACAGUAUCGGCAUGGCUUGUCGCCUGCGUCGCCUUGUCGGCCUACACGCCAAACGUCCAUACAGCUGCCCCCGGCAGCAGUAUGUUCGGUGACGUAAAUAUAUCGGCUAUACUCGACUCGUUCAGCGCGAGUUAUGACAAACGAGUAAGACCAAACUAUGGAGGUACGCCAAUUGAAGUCGGUGUCACCAUGUACGUGCUGAGCAUCAGCUCUUUAUCCGAAGUCCAAAUGGACUUCACGCUGGACUUUUACUUCAGACAGUUUUGGACGGAUCCGCGGCUGGGCUUCACCAAACGGCCGGGGGUCGAGACGCUGUCCGUGGGAUCGGAAUUCAUUAAGAACAUCUGGGUGCCCGACACGUUCUUUGUCAACGAGAAACAGUCAUACUUUCACAUAGCCACCACGAGCAACGAAUUUAUAAGGAUACACCAUUCGGGCAGCAUCACUCGGAGCAUUCGAUUGACCAUAACCGCCUCUUGUCCGAUGAACCUACAGUACUUCCCGAUGGACCGUCAACUGUGUCACAUAGAAAUAGAAAGCUUUGGUUAUACGAUGAGAGACAUCCGGUAUAAGUGGAAUGAGGGACCAAACUCGGUGGGCGUCUCCAAUGAAGUGUCUUUGCCCCAGUUUAAAGUGCUGGGUCAUCGUCAGAGGGCUAUGGAAAUUAGCUUGACAACAGGUAACUAUUCGAGAUUGGCGUGUGAAAUCCAGUUUGUCAGAUCAAUGGGCUACUAUCUCAUCCAAAUCUACAUACCCAGUGGACUGAUCGUCAUCAUAUCUUGGGUGAGUUUCUGGCUGAACAGGAAUGCAACCCCGGCUCGAGUGGCGUUGGGUGUGACCACCGUGUUGACAAUGACAACGCUCAUGUCUUCCACCAACGCCGCGUUGCCCAAGAUCUCCUACGUUAAGUCCAUUGACGUGUACUUGGGCACCUGUUUCGUCAUGGUCUUCGCAUCGCUACUCGAAUACGCCACGGUUGGUUACAUGGCCAAAAGGAUACAGAUGAGAAAAAACCGUUUCAUGGCCAUACAAAAAAUAGCCGAACAGAAAAAGGGCGGCCACGACAUUCAUUCUCACGGUCACUCCCAUCAUUCCCAUCACCACGGCCACGGAUCCAUAUCCGGCCACGGCACCCUGUCCGGCCACGGCACCUUAUCCGGCCACGGCACGCUGUCGCACGGAGGCCACGGCUUGACUCCACACAGCACGCUGUCCGGUCAUUACGAUACCCACCGGCACAGCCAUGGCGGGCACGGCGGCACGCUGCCUAGUUCGCUUUUGGCCGGCGAUAUGGAUCAUGCGCCCAGACAAACCGAGGUGCGGUUCAAGGCUCACGAUCCCAAAAACUAUUUAAAAGGCGGUUCGCUGGAGAACACCAUCAACGGCCGGGGAGACGACGACAACUUGGUUCCGCUGCCACCGCAGCACGUGAUGCACCCCAGCAAGGACAUCAACAAGCUGUACGGUAUCACGCCCAGCGAUAUCGACAAAUACUCCAGGAUCGUGUUUCCCGUGUGCUUCGUGUGUUUCAACCUCAUGUACUGGAUCAUAUACUUGCACAUCAGCGACGUGGUAGCCGAUGAUCUGGUGCUCCUCGAGGCCGAUUGAGAGUGGAGGCAAUCAUCUGGAAUGAAAGCAAAACGGACACCUAUAAACAAUUACAAUUUUUAUCUAGGUUUAGUAAGAGCUCAAUACGAAGAAUACAUACAAUUUAACAUUUUCAUACAUAUAAUAAGAUAUAGAUAAUAUUAACAUAAUAUGUGUAUAUUCUGGCUGAACAGAGAACGGUGCUGCGCAGAAACCAAAACGCGUUGCUCCCGUCUACUUUUGUCUGCGCAGGCGCAUACGAGGGCGACGCUUUUUGGACUCUGCGCCGUGCCGUUCUCUCGCGAGACAGAGUAUAGUAGUCUGUGUACCUACACGUUUUAUUAUACCAUUAAUAUUAUUAUAAUUAUUAUAUUCGCUGUGUAAAUCUAGACAGGAUUUUAACAUCUGCAGGGUCUUCCGAAAUAAUACGUAGGUAACCAUAGCGGUAUUCCUGUAUUAACAUUGUAGUUGCCGACUAACACGACAUAAUAACAUAAACGGUUAACUGACAUAAAAUCAUAAUUAUCACGCAAACGAAUAAUACCUACAUUUUAUAGCAGUUCAUAUUUAUAAAUGUGACCGAAAAUGAUAAAUGAAUUUGCCACCAAAAUAAUUUCAUUUAAAUAUUUAAAAACAAAAACUGUACUUGCUUUCGUUCUAACAAUUCUUCCCAUUAUCGGUAAAGUCAUCGGCCAAAUUACCAUACCACCAAUCAGGUUCGUGCAAUACGUUCACGCUAUUUUUUUUGUAAGUUGUACAAUUUUGUUUUAAUUAAAUAAAAAUAACAAUAGCGACAUCAGCUCGUUUCGAUGGCACGAGCCGCGUUAUUAAAAUGUGUAAAUUAAAAAAACAAAAAUUGGUUGUGAGUAAAAAUUAUUGAUUUUUUUUUCUGCCAACAAGCACCACUUGUGGGCAGCAACGUCUCUGCAGGAAAAAGUUUAAAUAUUAAAAGUAAAAAAAAAGUUAUAAUAAAUCAACUGUUAAAACUGGUUACCGAUCAUUCAUAAUUUUCUAAAAAAAAAAAUGUACUUAAACGAUAAUUUUAAAGGAUGUAACGCUUUUUGCUGAAAUAAUUUGUAACCUGAAAAUGUUGAAUUUGAAAAUAAUAUUCAACGCUUCUGGAUACCCAAACGAACUUGUUUAUCAAUUCUAAAACUACCGUCCUACUACCACUGUUUUGUUUCGAAUGUGUAGCAAGUCCAAAGGAAUUGGCGUUCACAUAACUCAUCGAACACCAUCAAUGUGUUAAAAAACAUUAUAUUGUUUAAAAAAUACCCGGACAAUAGCUUCGCACCUAAACACAAAUUAAUAAUUAAUAAUAAUUUUAUAAAAGGUGAAACGGGAGGUAAUGCGUUUGAUUUUUAUCUCUCAAUAUCGAUUAAUGUCGUUUAAAAUCAUAUAGGCAAAUCCUAAUGCUGAAAGCGUUUUUUUUUGUAAUUUUUUUCUACACCGGUUUUUCUUGUACGAAGAAAAACAAAAUUAAUUGUAAUCGCACCAAUAUACAUAUAGCGUAGGGUUCAUCCUAAGUUGUAAUAUUAAAAAAUAUAUAUAUAUUAUUUUAUUUUAGCUUACACAAUGAUUUUUUUUCUACAUUUUUUUACACUUUAUAAAUGCACUUAAACGUAGUGUUGGGUUUAAUCACACGUAUCCAUUCUCUUCGCAUUCAUUAACUUUUUACAUGUUUUACCCUUGAAUUACCACUAGGUUAUUAUUCAUAUUGGUUUUAUACAAAAAAUCUACUAUUAAUCUAAGUAAAAUUUCUUCAUGUAUAUAAUUAUUAUUAUUAUCUAUGAUUCACCCGUUUGCAAAAAUAUCUCAAAAUUAUUUUUGUAAAUCAUCGACAAACUUAACAAAAAUAAUACCCGCUGAAUAAUCCGAAAAUAUGUACAAAAAUUAUACUUACUAAUAUUAUUAUAAAUCAUAAAUGAAUACUUAAUAAUAUAGAGGUACUUGUUUUAUAUAAAAUAUACAUUUCAAUACGUUAAAAAAAUCAUAAACGACAAUUAAUGACCGUUGCUGUAUAAAAAGUAUACAGACGAGCCGUGCUUAGUCUGUUUCGCGAGAGAACGGCACUGCGCAGAAACGAAAACGUACGCGCCUGCGCAGACAAGAGUGACGCGUUUUGGUUUCUGCACCGCUUGUCUGUGUAUCGCUAUAAAUCCGACGGUUAAACGCAUACAGAUAUUUUGUAUAUAAAGAUAAAAAUGUAAAAAAAAACUUUUUUUUUUUAAUAUUAUAAUGUAAUCUACUUACCGAAGUACUGAAAGCACGGCAGCAUUCCCAUAACUCUGUUCGGCAAUUCCAUUCAGUAAAAAAUUAGACCACGAUUAUUGACUUUUAAGUAGUUCAUUUAAUUGCUAUUAUUAUUCUUUUUAAUUUCAAAAGUACCCAUGUUUAACGGCGCACCUUUUUUUUUGUAUUCUAUAGAAAGAUAUAAACCAUUUUUUUUUAUUUGUAUUUAAUGUGUUAAAUGCAUACGAUGCACGCAUUUUAUGAGUGUAUGAUAAACGUGCAUUACCUAUAAAAUACAUUUAAAACUGAUUACUUUUUUUAAAGACAAAACACCCUCAUUACACUAAUUGUAAGCCAGUUAACACGUAGGUACCUAUAAUUAAAACUUAUAUUGUAACAAACAUUUUUUUUAAAAGCACUUUAGUAUAAUAUAAUAUUGUGAUUCGCACAUUUUAAACGUUAAUAAAUAUUUAAACAAAGUUUAAUAUAUUGAAAUAAUAGAAAGUAUACAUAUUUAAGGGCCGAGUAUAUUAUACAUAUAGAUAAAAAUAAGCGUUAUAAUUAGAAUAAAAAAACGUUUGUAUACUUGACAUUUUUAACGUAAAAAAAAAAAUAUAUUUAUAUUACAAAUAAUUGACUUCCUUAGAAUUUACAAUAAAAUAUUUAAAAAAAAAUAUAUUAUUACUAUUAUUAUAAAACAAAAUAUUUAUACAAAAUGUAUGGAAAUAUAAACAAUGAUGAAUACGGUAGUUGUUUCAAUAAUAUUGUACAAAGAACUACCGUCGGAUAUUCUAAAUCUCGUUAGGUUAUGAAACAAAGAAAUUUGUUAAUGAUUUUCUUUUUUAUUUAUUUGAAUUUGUUCAGUUCUAAGACUAGUAUUCGCAGUAAAUUAUAUUAUUAUUGGUUCGUUUUGUUAGUGAUUAUAAUAUUGUAAUUAAUUCCUCUCUGAUUACCUACUUGUUUACCGGCCGUAUGCUGUUAGAUUAUUAUGUUUGUUUGCAACUUUACAAUACACUAUACCCUUGUUUUCAAAAACUAAAAAAUGUAUUAAAAAAAAAAGAAUGUACGUUUUAGUUUUACAAGUUUGUUGUUAUCUUUCGGUGCUUCCCGCUUUGACUUGUUUAGUUAGCCUAUGAUACCAUAAUAUGUUGAUAUAAACUAUAUAUUAUGUCAUCUUUUUAUUAUUUUUAUUAUAAUUAUUAUUGUUUUUAAGUGCCGUCGUGUCGGUCCUAUUUUGAGUUGUAUUAUUAUUAAGUACUAUUACUAUUACUAUUAUUAUGAUUAUUAAUACCUGCAAAGUGUAAUAAAUUAUAGUUUU